UGUGUCAAAUCACAACUGUACUGUAUAAAUCACUACUACUGAUUCUUGUGGGCUUAGUUUGAGUAGAUCUUUGAUACCUUUAAAGCUGUAAGGACACCUAAUGCAUCCUGCUGAAGAAAUAAUGGGUGUGCUACACAUUCUUUUGGGGGAGGGCUCUGGGAUGCUGUUCAAACUGACUGCUGCCUGAAGAAUCAGGAAAUUCAGAAGUGACACACAGAUACUGGAGCAACAUUGCAGCUAAUAGUCAUUUUGUUGGCUCGCACAACACAACCAUGGCUAGCGAUGACAGGGAUAAUAAGACACCUGAAUGUUUCCCAGUGGAUGACUACAUAAAGAGAUCCUACCUUCCGAUCAUGUAUGGGAUCAUAUUUGUAGUGGGGCUUGUGGGUAACAUCACCUCAAUCAUCAUCUACGUGGUCAGGCUGCGCCCAUGGAAGAGCAGCAGCAUCAUCAUGGUGAACCUUGCCUUGGCAGACCUCCUGUAUGUUCUGUGUCUGCCCUUCCUGGUCCACUACUACAUCCACGACGACUGGAUCAUGGGCGAGGUCAUGUGUCGCAUUGUUCGCUUUAGCUUCCACUUCAACCUGUACGGCAGCAUCCUCUUCCUCACCUGCCUGAGUGUGUUCCGCUAUGUGGUCGUGGUUCACCCGCUGAGGGCAGCCCAGGUGCAGAGGACGAGCUGGGGUGUGAUCGCCUGCCUGGCUGUGUGGUUCAUAUCUGUGUUGGAGAUUAUACCCAUGGUCUACAUGAUCACUGUGAAAAAGACUGAGAACAAUAUGACGUCAUGCCUGGAUUUUGCUAGUAAUGAUCCAGAAGAGGUGUGGGUCUAUGGCUGGCUACUCACUGUCCUGGGCUACCUACUCCCCCUAGUGGUGGUGUGCCUGAGUUACGUCCGUGUUGCAUGUGAGCUGGCCGGUGGGCCACAUGAGAGCCGUCCGAACAGGGUGCGUGCCCGCAGGCUGACUGUGCUGAUCCUGGUUGUGUUUGUGCUAUGCUUCACACCCUUCCACAUCCUCCGUGCCCUGCGGGUGUACACCCAGAUGGAAGCCCAAAGGCCGGUGCCCUGUAUGCUGCUGAUAGGGGUCAAUGCAGCCUACACCAUCUCCAGACCCCUGGCAGGGCUCAACACCUUCUUCAACCUGGCUCUGUACACGCUGGCUGGAGACAGGUUUCACCAGGCGGUCCUUGGUCUCCUCCGCUGGAGACCCCAGUUUCUCAAGACCAAGAGACCCAUCAUAGUGGCAGUGAUUGGCCAACCAGGAAGAAACAGUAUGUCACAGGCUAACGUGCUAAAGAGCUGAGUGAAAAUACUACACAACAUUUUAUAUACAUAUGGUUGAUUUAUUUCAUUUCAAAACACAGAAGUCAAUUUUUUGGUGUUGACAAAAAUAACUAUGUCCUCUUUACUACUUACUAACUUAGUAACUUACAAAUGUACUGCUCACCUUUGAGUAACUUUAUUAGGUGCUGUCUUUCUAGGGUGACCAUGUUUCUGAACGUUUCUGAUAUUGUCUAAAUGUUUUUGCCAUGAAACUGGUUCUGUCAACUGCCGUACAAGAUAAAUCACAGCAGUGUGCUCUUAUCUUGAGUAGACUGGAUUCAGUUCUAGGUUUCUGGGUCAGUCAUUCAUUGGCAAUACAUUGCAUUAUAACAAGCUGUACAAUCAUACAACAUACAAUAAUGUUAACAUGUUGGUUUGCUGAAGUUUAAUCAAUUAAAUGUGUUAAUCACUGUCAGUAAAUAUUGGACUUUUAUUUUAUUUAACCUUUAUUUUAUCAGGCGGUCAUACUGAGACCAAUGUCCCUUUUACAGAUGAGCCCUGAAUUACAUAAAUUACAGAAAAUACCCACAUCAAAACAUAAAUACAAAAUGCAAGCAAAAAGAACAACAUCUUCAUAAAAUGCAAACACAUUCAUCAUUAUUAAGAUCCUCAAUCAGCUUUCUGAAUUGCCCUAGAGGCACCAGAACAUCACAUUUAAUAACAGAGAAGACUUACAACAUUGGACUCAAGUAUUGUCUCAAAACAUUGGACUGAGGAUAGAACACUGUCAUCUAUGAUCUAGCUAUAGAGUCAUAGAUUUAAUAAGAAUAUCAGACUUCACUGCAGGUGAUUGCCCUUGUGAUUCACUUAGAACAGAUGUGAACCUUUUCCUUUCAUAUGGCUGGCACUCGAGUGGGGCAAGAUUAGUAGAAAAGCUCAGAAAGCUUUCACAAGUGAAUAAUAAUCAUCAGUUAUUUAGGGAAUAAAUACAGUAUAUAUGUACGACAAUGGGUUUUACAUGACAUUAUAUCCUGAUAGUGUAACGAUCCGUUUGUGGAGGUGGACAACAGUUUGUUCACAUCAGCCAGCAGUAAAAAAUCAACAGCUAUUUCACAUUUCACUAAAGGUGCCGGUCUGUACACAAUAAUAAUCCAGACAUCUGAACUUCCUCAAACAAACCUAGUAGGAUUGGAACCACAAAGCAGGAGCAUAUAAAAUAAUACAGUACAUUUUAUGUUACCUGUCUGAGAAGCUAUUCUCCUUGUUUGUGGGUAUGAGUCAUUUUCCUUCCUCAUACCACAGCUAGGAGGAAAU